AGCCUAACACGGCGAGGCUGAUAAUCGAGUUUUGUGGGAGAGGUGGGAAAGAGAAGCAAUGGCGACAGAGCUUGAAGAGCUAGUUGGCUUCCUCUCUUCUCCUUCUUUGCCAGUUCAAAAGGCAGCAAUCCUUAUAGUUAGGGACUUAACAGGAUCCCAAGAUGGCUUACAGUCUCUUUCCAACUAUGCCAAUCAUCUGCUCUCCUCAUUAUCUCCUCUUUUAAACCAAACUAAGGACAUUUCUGAGCCUGCGGCUGAAGCUCUAGUCAAUCUCUCGCAAAACGCAGACUUAGCUGCAAAGAUGAUUGAGAUGGGAAUGGUUCAAAUGGCUAUGCAUUUGUUAUACAGGCCAGAUUCCAGCAUUACUCACUUGCUGGUAAUGCUCCUAGUAAAUCUUACUCACCUCGAUGUUGGUAUUUCGUCCUUGCUACAGACUGAUGACGAGAAGAUGCAAGGACUGUUUGUUAUGAAGCUUGUGAGAUCAUUCUGUAGAUCCUCAGGAGAAACUAGAGAUGACCCAUUUGACCAUGUUGGUUCCAUUAUUGUAAAUAUAUCACAGAAAGAAAGUGGUCGGAAAAUGUUAUUGGACCCUAAGCGAGGUUUGAUAAAGCAGAUUCUCAGACAGUUUGACUCAACUAGUACAUUGCGGAAGAAAGGGGUUUCUGGAACAAUUCGCAACUGCUGUUUUGAAGCCGAGAGUCAGCUACAAGAUUUGCUUUUGGAAUCCGAGUUUCUGUGGCCAGCUCUACUUCUGCCUGUUGCUGGCAAUAAAGUAUACAAUGAUCAAGAUACAUCCAAGAUGCCUCUUGAGCUAUCCAGUGCGCUUUCAAUCGAGCGUGAACCAUGCAAUGACGCUGAAAUUCGUGUUCAAGCACUGGAGUCUAUUUACUUGAUCAUUUUACAGGAGGCAGGUCUUAGAGCCUUUUGGUCUGUUAAUGGACCACGAAUACUCCAAGUAGGAUACGAAGAUGAGCGUGAUGUUAAAGUUAUGGAAGCAUACGAACGAGUUGGCUCUUUGCUUAUUCAAGAAAGUGGGAGCACAGCAGCCUCGUCUUAAUAUUCAUGGUCACUGAGCAUAGUAUGAAGUUGCACUUUCUCCAUUGUGCAAGUGUAUGCUUUUAGGUCAGUAAUCUAGAUCAGUCUCAGUUUAGGAGAAUUAUUGUGUUAUUGUGAUCUUAAUUUUUUUUUUUAUCAAUUUAUACUUAUUUUUGUUUUAUUUACUUGCUAGUUUUGUAUUACGUGCGUCGGGGCUCAUAACAUGACUCGUCAAUUUAUGUAGUAAUUAAAUUUAUUAUAGUCA